UCAUUAUUAUGAUAGUGAUGUUACAGGACACGAAGGUGAUGUUUACUUACGUACUUGUUAUAUAAAAUAUACGACAGACGUCUAACAAUAAUCAUUAAUCAGCAAUCGCAGUACAGAAACUCAUCGCGACAGAUCGAGUCCGUUAUUCGACGUCAGACCGGCCGCGCGAGCGAUUCACUCCGACUGCAUCAUCACCCAUUCGCGGACACCGACCUGCAAGAGACGACACUCUCGCCGACAUGGCCGCCAGACUGGCAAUAGUGACGGGCGGCAACAAGGGCAUCGGGUACGCCAUCGUCAAGGCCCUGUGCGGGCUGUUCGACGGCGACGUUUACCUGACGGCCCGCGACGUGGGCCGGGGCGAGGCGGCGGUCGCGCGGCUGAACGAGCUGGGCCUCAGGCCCAAGUUCCACCAGCUGGACGUGACCGACGCCGGUAGCGUGGCCGCGUUCGCCAAGUUCGUGGCCGACAACUACGCGGGCAUCGACGUGCUGGUCAACAACGCGGCGAUCGCCUUCAAGGCGGCCGCCACCGAACCGUUCGGCGUACAGGCCGAGGAAACGAUACGCGUCAACUACUUCGCGCUGCGGUCCGUGUGCGACGCGCUGUUCCCGCUGCUGGUGCCGGGCGCGCGUGUGGUCAACCUGUCCAGUUCCGCCGGCCGCCUGUCGCUGGUUCCCGGCGACGAGCACAGGCAAAAGCUGUCGUCGCCGCUGUUGACCGUCGACGAGCUGGACGCGCUGAUGCGCCUGUUCGUGGACAAGGCCAAGGCCGGCGACCACGCGCAGGCCGGAUGGCCGUCGUCCGCGUACAGCGUGUCCAAGGUGGGCGUCAGCGCGCUGACGUUCAUACAGCAGAGGGCGUUCGACGUGGACGCCAGGGCGGACAUCGUUGUCAACAGCGUCCACCCCGGAUACGUGGACACGGACAUGACCAGCCACAAGGGGCCGCUGACCAUUGAACAGGGCGCCGAAGCUCCGGUGUACCUGUCUUUGUUGCCGGCGGGCGAACGAAACGUCAAGGGCUGCUAUGUGUGGAACGACAAGACCGUUAAGGACUGGUGUACGUGUUAAGACGCACACGUCCGUGCGGCGUAGGUGCUACUCGUCAUAUUAAUAUCUAUUUCGAUAUUCACCGAACGGUUUUUCAAAAUAAAAAGUGCCUGUUUUUUAACUUCGCGCACUCGCUAUUCACACACACACACACAUUCUGUAUACUUAUUACUUAUAUUAAACAAUAUUUUUUUUAUAUUUAUUAUUCGAUUUAGUACUGCUCAAACUGCGUUACUUUAUUUGUAUACUGUUUUUUUGUUCUCACAAUAUAAUAUUUUUUUAAAUCGCAA